CUGAGAAGCAGUAGUAAGAGAAAAACAAAACUCAGAGAAAGCAAAAAGAUACAAACUUGAAAAGCAUUUAUAAGAAAAGUUAUCAUCUUUGUGAAGAACGCAUAUCACCCAUCAUGGCUUCUCAGGCCAAUUGGGAAGCUGAUAAAAUGUUGGAUGUUUAUAUAUAUGAUUACCUUCUGAAGAGAAAUUUACAUACUUCUGCAAAGGCAUUUCAAGCGGAAGGAAAAGUUUCUACAGAUCCUGUAGCUAUUGAUGCACCCGGUGGCUUUCUUUUUGAAUGGUGGUCUGUCUUUUGGGAUAUAUUUAUCGCUAGGACAAAUGAAAAACACUCUGAAUCAGCUGCAUCUUAUAUUGAGACUCAAGUAAACAAGGCUCGGGAGCUGCAACAGAACCCUCAGCAGCAUCCACAAAUGCAAAUGCAGCAUCUUUUGCAAAGGCAUGCUGCUCAGCAGCAGCAGCAACAACAGCAACAACAACAGCAGCAACAACAGCAACAACAGCAACAACAACAAAAACAACAACAACAACAACAACAACAACAGCAACAUCAACAGCAACAUCAACAGCACCAGCAACAACAACACCAGCAACAACAGCAGCCGCAACAGCAAAGACGAGAUGGGACCCCACUUCUUAAUGGAACUUCCAAUGGGCUUGUUGGAAUGGAUCCUCUUUUGAGGCAGAACUCUGCAACUGCAAAUGCCAUGACAACAAAAAUGUAUGAGGACAGAUUGAAGCCUCCCAGGGGGGAUGCUUUGGAUGAUGCGGCUUUAAAGCAAAGGAUGGGUGACAAUAUGAGUCAGCUUAUGGAUUCAAAUCGUGCAUCAUUGGUGAAAGUAGCCACGGCAGGUGGCCAGUCUCCUGGUCAAAUGCUGCAUGGUACACCUGGAGGUGUGUUGGGGAGUCUCCAACAAGCUCACAGUCGGAGUCAGCAACUUCCUGGAUUGAUGCAGGACAUAAAGACUGAGAUGAUGAACCCAAGAGCUGCUGGGCCAGAUGGAUCAUUGAUGGGUCUCCAUGGAUCAAAUGAAGGCAGUAGCAAUUUGACUCUGAAAGGCUGGCCUUUAACGGUUCGGCCUGGAAUUCUCCAGCAGCAAAAUUCCAUGAUGCACUCAUCUCAGCCCUUUAAUCAAUAUCAGAUCCAGCAGCAACUUCUACUUCAGGCACAGCAAAAUUUAGCCUCCCCAUCGGCCAGUGACCUGGAGACUAGAAGACUGCCCAUGCUUCUCAAUAGAAAUAUAUCUAACGUUGAUGUUUCUAACACUGGAUCGCCUGUUCAAGUUGGUUGUCCUGUAUUGCCUGGUGCAGAUGCUGAUAUGCUUAUGAAGUUACAGCAACAGCAGCUGCAAAACAACAAUCAACACCAGCAACAACAACAAUAUUCACAGCAUCCGUUUCCAAGUCAACACCCUCAGAGUUCAAACCAACACCUUCAACAGCAAGACAAGAUCAUUGGUGCUGGUAGCAUUACAGGUGGUGGAAGCAUGUCCAACUCCUUUCAAGGCAGUGAUCAGGCUCCAAAGAAUCAAAUGGGGCGAAAGAGGAAGCAGCCAGUGUCAUCUUCAGGUCCUGCCAAUAGUUCAGGGACUGCUAAUACCACUGGACCAUCCCCCAGUUCACCUUCAACGCCUUCCACUCACACAGCAGGAGAUGCGAUCUCGAUGCCAACUUUGCCCCAUAAUGGCGGUUCCUCAAAGUCUCUACUUAUGUUUGCUUCUGAUGGUCUAGGCUCAGUUGCCCCAGUACCAAAUAAAUUGAAUGAUAUGGACCGUUUUGUGGAUGAUGGAUCUUUAGAGGAUAAUGUUGAAGAAUUCUUGACACAUGAUGAUGCUGACCCUCGGGAUAGAGUUGCUCGGUGUUCAGAUGUCAGCAAAGGUUUCACUUUUUCGGAAGUUGGGGUUAUUUCUGCAAGUGCAAGUAAGGUCGAGUGCUGUCACUUCUCAGCAGAUGGGAAAACACUUGCCACUGGUGGGCACGAUCGAAAGGCUGUAUUGUGGUGUACAGAAUCCUUCAAUGUGAAGUCUACUCUGGAAGAGCAUACUCAAUGGAUAACAGAUAUUAGAUUCAGUCCUAGUAUGUCAAGGCUGGCUACAUCCUCCGCUGACAAGACUGUCAGGGUUUGGGAUGUUGAUAAUCCUGGCUAUUCACUUCGUACUUUUGUGGGACAUUCUACAACUGUUAUGUCACUUGACUUCCACCCUACUAAAGAGGAUCUUCUGUGCUCUUGUGAUAACAAUAGUGAGAUAAGAUACUGGAGUAUCAAGAAUGGCAGUUGUGCUGGAGUUUUCAAGGGUGGAGCAACUCAGGUGAGGUUUCAACCUCGUCUUGGAAGGAUUCUCGCUGCCGCUGGUGAUAGUGUUGUCUCCAUACUCGAUGUAGAGACACAAGUCUGCAUGCUUAAAUUGCAGGGUCAUAAGAACCUUGUCAAUUCUGUAUGCUGGGAUUCAACAGGAGAGUAUUUAGCUUCUGUUAGUGAUGAAUUGGUUCGAGUGUGGUCAGUUGGCUCCGGUAGUAAAGCUGAUUUCCUUUAUGAGUUAAACUCUUCUGGCAACAACUUCCGGACAUGCGUGUUCCAUCCCACUUACCCAUAUUUGUUGGUAAUUGGCUGUUAUGAGACAUUGGAACUUUGGAACAUGACUGACAAGAAGACAAUGACGCUGCAUGCACAUGACAAGCUAGUGUCUUCCUUGGCAGCAUCAAGUUCAGCUGGCAUGGUAGCUUCAGCAAGCCAUGAUAAGUGUGUGAAGCUAUGGAAGUGAAUUAGUCUUUUACCAUCGGCAUCACACAUCCUGAUCUCGUCGGCAAUGGCACCUCUAGUUGUCUAUGUCGGAUCGUUAUGUCGUAGUAAGUACAUGAGACGGUUUUUAGAUCUUAGCAGUCCCGGUUUAACCCAUAGGAGAGUUUCCUGCGAUGUCAGAAACAAGGCUUACAAUACAAACGAUCAUCUUCUAAACAACCUCAAUUAAUAUGAUAUCCAUCUAUGGCUUAUGCUGCU